GGCCCCGCCCCGGCGCAGCGCGCAGGCGCGGCCGGUCCCGCCUGCAAAGCCGCAGUGCCGGGCGCCAGAGCGGCUGCACCAUACCGGCGGUCGCGUGUUUAGCCGCUUUCCUCCUGCAUCUCUUUUCCUCCGCCUCGGCCGACGCGAUGGCGAAGCCGCUGACGGACAGCGAGAAGCGGAAGCAGAUCAGCGUGCGCGGCCUGGCGGGGCUAGGCGACGUGGCCGAGGUGCGGAAGAGCUUCAACCGGCACUUGCACUUCACGCUGGUCAAGGACCGCAAUGUGGCCACGCCCCGCGACUACUUCUUCGCGCUGGCGCACACGGUGCGCGACCACCUGGUGGGCCGCUGGAUCCGCACGCAGCAGCACUACUACGAGCGUGACCCUAAGCGCAUUUAUUAUCUUUCCCUGGAAUUCUACAUGGGUCGCACGCUGCAGAACACGAUGGUGAACCUGGGCCUUCAGAAUGCCUGCGAUGAAGCCAUCUAUCAGUUGGGGUUAGACUUGGAGGAACUCGAGGAGAUAGAAGAAGAUGCUGGCCUUGGGAAUGGAGGCCUGGGGAGGCUGGCAGCUUGUUUCCUUGACUCAAUGGCUACCUUGGGCCUGGCAGCGUACGGCUAUGGAAUCCGCUAUGAAUUUGGGAUUUUUAACCAGAAGAUUGUCAAUGGCUGGCAGGUAGAGGAGGCCGAUGACUGGCUGCGCUACGGCAACCCCUGGGAGAAAGCGCGGCCCGAGUAUAUGCUUCCCGUGCACUUCUAUGGACGCGUGGAGCACACCCCCGACGGCGUGAAGUGGCUGGACACGCAGGUGGUGCUGGCCAUGCCCUACGACACCCCAGUGCCCGGCUACAAGAACAACACCGUCAACACCAUGCGGCUGUGGUCCGCCAAGGCUCCCAACGACUUCAAGCUGCAGGACUUCAACGUGGGAGACUACAUCGAGGCGGUCCUGGACCGGAACUUGGCUGAGAACAUCUCCAGGGUCCUGUAUCCAAACGAUAACUUCUUUGAGGGGAAGGAGCUGCGGCUGAAGCAGGAGUACUUUGUGGUGGCCGCCACGCUCCAGGACAUCAUCCGCCGCUUCAAGUCAUCCAAGUUCGGCUGCCGGGACCCUGUGAGAACCUGUUUCGAGACGUUCCCAGACAAGGUGGCCAUCCAGCUGAACGACACUCACCCCGCCCUCUCCAUCCCCGAGCUCAUGCGGAUCCUGGUGGACGUGGAGAAGGUGGACUGGGACAAGGCCUGGGAAAUCACGAAGAAGACCUGUGCGUACACCAACCACACUGUGCUGCCUGAGGCCUUGGAGCGCUGGCCCGUGUCCAUGUUUGAGAAGCUGCUGCCGCGGCACCUGGAGAUCAUCUAUGCCAUCAACCAGCGGCACCUGGACCACGUGGCCGCACUGUUUCCCGGGGAUGUGGACCGCCUGCGCAGGAUGUCUGUGAUCGAGGAGGGGGACUGCAAGCGGAUCAACAUGGCCCACCUGUGUGUGAUUGGGUCCCAUGCUGUCAACGGUGUGGCGAGGAUCCACUCGGAGAUCGUGAAACAGUCGGUCUUUAAGGAUUUUUAUGAACUGGAGCCAGAGAAGUUCCAGAAUAAGACCAACGGCAUCACCCCCCGUCGGUGGCUGCUGCUGUGCAACCCGGGGCUGGCCGAUACCAUCGUGGAGAAAAUUGGGGAGGAGUUCCUGACUGACCUGAGCCAGCUGAAGAAGCUGCUGCCGCUGGUCAAUGACGAGGUGUUCAUCAGGGACGUGGCCAAGGUCAAACAGGAGAACAAGCUCAAGUUCUCGGCCUUCCUGGAGAAGGAGUACAAGGUGAAGAUCAACCCCUCCUCCAUGUUCGACGUGCAUGUGAAGAGGAUCCAUGAGUACAAGCGGCAGCUGCUCAACUGCCUGCACGUCGUCACUCUGUACAACCGAAUCAAGAGAGACCCGGCCAAGGCCUUUGUGCCCAGGACUGUUAUGAUUGGGGGCAAGGCAGCGCCCGGUUACCACAUGGCCAAGCUGAUCAUCAAGUUGGUCACGUCCAUCGGCGACGUCGUCAAUCAUGACCCAGUUGUGGGUGACAGGUUGAAAGUGAUCUUCCUGGAGAACUACCGCGUGUCCUUGGCUGAGAAAGUGAUCCCAGCCGCUGAUCUGUCGCAGCAGAUCUCCACUGCAGGCACUGAGGCCUCGGGCACAGGCAACAUGAAGUUCAUGCUCAACGGGGCCCUCACCAUCGGCACCAUGGACGGCGCCAACGUGGAGAUGGCCGAGGAGGCCGGGGCUGAGAACCUCUUCAUCUUCGGCCUGCGGGUGGAGGAUGUCGAGGCCUUGGACCGGAAAGGGUACAAUGCCAGGGAGUACUACGACCACCUGCCCGAGCUGAAGCAGGCUGUGGACCAGAUCAGCAGUGGCUUUUUUUCUCCCAAGGAGCCAGACUGCUUCAAGGACAUCGUGAACAUGCUGAUGCACCAUGACAGGUUCAAGGUGUUUGCAGACUAUGAAGCCUACAUGCAGUGCCAGGCACAGGUGGACCAGCUGUACCGGAACCCCAAGGAGUGGACCAAGAAGGUCAUCAGGAACAUCGCCUGCUCGGGCAAGUUCUCCAGUGACCGGACCAUCACGGAGUAUGCACGGGAGAUCUGGGGCGUGGAGCCCUGCGAUCUGCAGAUCCCGCCCCCCAACAUCCCCCGGGACUAGGCACACCCUGCCUUGGCGGGACCAGCGGGCAUUUGUUUUCUUGCUGACUUUGCACCUCCUUUUUUUCCCAAACACUUUGGUGGUCCCUGCUUUUCUGAGUACCAUGUUUCCAGGAGGGGCCAUACAGGUCAGGGUGGUUUUGAGAGAGCAGGGCAAGGAAGGAAUGUGCUAGAAGCGCUCCUAGUUUCUUGUAAAGGAAGCCAGAGUUGACAGUACAAAGGGUCGUGGCCAGCCCUGCAGCUUCAGCACUUGCCCCACCCAGAGUGGGAGGCAGGUGGAGCCGCCUGCUGGGCUCCCCCAGAACUUUGCACGCAUCUUGCUAUGUAUUAGCCAAUGUCUUUAGUGUUGAGCCUCUGGAUUUUGGGGUCUGGGCCAGUGGCCAUAGUGAAGCCUGGGGACUUGUGUUACUGCAACAUCUGGGCUGCCAGCCACAGGGAAGGGCCAAGCCCCAUGUAGCCCCAGUCAUCCUGCCCAGCCCUGCCUCCUGGCCACGCUGGGAGGGGUCAGAUCCUCCAGGCAUCGCCUUCACACCCCCCUGCCCCCUGCCCCCUGCUCUGGCUCUGCACCUGGUAUAUGGGUCAUGGACCCAGAUGGGGCUUCUUUUGUAGCCAUCCAAUGGGCAUUGUGUGGGUGCUUGGAACCCGGGAUGACUGAGGGGGACAUUGGAGUGGGUGCCUGUGUCUGCUGUCUCAGAGGUCUUGGUCAGGAUGAAGUUGGCUGAUGCAGCUUAGCUUGGUUUUGCUUAUUUAAAAGAGAAAAUAAUAACUACACAUGGAAAUGAAACUAGCUGAAGACUUUUCUUGUUUUAGCAACUGAAAAUUGUACUUGGUCACUUUUGUGCUUGAGGAGGCCCAUUUUCUGCCUGGCAGGGGGCAGGUCUGUGCCCUCCUGCUGACUCCCACUGUGUCCUGAGGUGCAUUUCCUGUUGUACACACAAGGGCCAGGGUCCAUUCUCCCUCCCUUUCCACUGGUGCCACAGCCUCGUCUGGAAAAAGGACCAGGGGUCCCGGAGGAACCCGUUUGUGCUCUGCUUGGACAGCAGGCCUGGCACUGGGAGGUGGGGGUGAGCCCCUCACAGCCUUGCCCCUCCCCAAGGCUGGCAACCUGCCUCCCAUUGCCCAAGAGAGAGGGCAGGGAACAGGCUACUGUCCUUCCCUGUGGAAUUGCCAAGAAAUCUAGCACCUUGCAUGCUGGAUCUGGGCUGCGGGAGGCUCUUUUUCACCCUGGCCUCCAGUGCCCACCAGGAGGAUCUGUGCACGGUGCACAGCCCACCAGAGCACUACAGCCUUUUAUUGAGUGGGGCAAGUGCUGGGCUGUGGUCGUGCCCUGACAGCAUCUGCCCCAGGCAGCGGCUCUGUGGAGGCCAUACUCCCCGAAUUGGCCACUGGGGCCACCACCCUGACCACCACUGUGCCCCUCAUUGUUACUGCCUUGUGAGAUAAACUGAUUAAACCUUUGUGGCUGUGGUUGGCUGA